AUGUCGAGUGCCGUCGAGGAAUCAAAUUACGCUUACCCUUCCGGAACACUUCUUCUUAUUCUUCUUGUACUUAUCUUUGGCAAUGAACGUAUCCCUGUCAAUGAAGCGGGACUUCUGUCCUACAUGACACUAGGAUGGCUGACUCCACUUGUCCUGAAGCUCUUUAAAGAUAGAAAAAAUGAAAUCAGAGAGAAGGAUGUUUGGACAUGUUCAGAGUUGGAGUCAUGUGACAUCAACACGGAAAGAUUAGAAUCAAUAUGGAUAGAUGAACUACAGAAAUUUGGGCGACAAAAAAGUUCACUUCUGAGGGUAUGGUUGAAGUUCAUAUGGCUUCGACUUUCAGUUGCUGUUAUUUCACUGUGUUUAAGUGCCGUGGUGACAUUUCUUUUGACGGGUUACAUCACCGUUGUUAUUAUUCGGUAUAUAGAAGGCGCGGAUUCAUCAUUGUCGUUCGUCAUUGGAAUAUCAGUAGUAUCCAUUAUUGGACAUUUUCUAAGGUCUUGUCUAUAUACCUUUGUCCUCUUUUAUGGGACACAAACAGGAAUCAGGUUUCGAGCAGCAGUUCUUGGAAUGACAUUCAAAAAACUACUAAAGUUGAAGAACAUGAAUGGGAAGAUUGUGUCAGAAGUUAUAACAAUAUAUGGGUCUGACGCCUUGCGGAUGUAUCUUAACACUCCCCUUGUCGUUUACCUAAUAACCUUGCCCGUUUUUCUGAUCAUUGGAACUGCCUAUAUCUAUCACCUUAUAGGCCUAUGGGGCUUCGUAGCCCUUGCGACUUUUAUCGUGUUUUAUAUCAUCCAGAUACGGAAAAUGAAUGAAGUUCUCUCUAGCAUGAAGUUGAUAAAAAUGUAUGCCUGGGAGGAAUCGUUUAAGAAAUCUAUAAUAGAUAUUAGAAACAGCGAGACUAAACCACUCUUGCAGAUGUCAAUAUUAAAUCUAAUAUCCAAUGCCAUAAUUCCGAUCACUCCAUCACUCGCUACUGUGGCUACUAUAUCUGCAUAUGUAAAUGCAGGAAAUGAACUGACAGCAUCGACGGGCUUUUCUAUCGUUGCCACCCUUGCGUUUCUGAGGAUUGUUGUUGCUUAUGUUCCGUACGCUGGUCGUAUAUUUGGAGAAACAAUGAUCAGUUUUGAGAGAAUAAAGCGGUUUAUGCUGGAAGAUGAAUUCGAGCCGCCAAAUCGAAAAGUCGUCAAUCCAAACAAUGAUAUUGAGCUCCGGGAUACCGUUUUAAUGUGGGGUACUGAGAACAAUAACACGUCACAGGAUAACCCCAUGUUUGAGGAUACCACUGAACCGAUUGACCUAACCUCUACUCAAUUACUAGUAUUCCGGAACAUCAGCAUGACAGUUACAAAGGGUAAACACAUUGGAAUAUGCGGAGCCGUCGGCAGUGGAAAAUCGUCCUUGUUGCAAGCAUUGAUUGGGAGGAUGCCUCUGCUUUCUGGUCAUCUUGCUGUUGCUGGUUCCGUGGCGUAUGCUGCCCAACAGGCCUGGAUAUUUAACGGAACAUUACGAGAAAAUGUUCUUUUCGGAAGACCCUAUAAACGAGAAUGGUACAAUAAGGUUUUGCACGCCUGCAGUUUGGAUCCAGAUCUCAAAAUACUUGCAAAUGGUGACAUGACAGAGAUUGGUGAUAGGGGAAUAAACAUUAGUGGAGGUCAGAAACAACGUGUGAGCCUGGCACGAGCUGUUUAUAGUAAAAAAGACAUUUACCUCCUUGACGACCCGCUCUCCGCAGUUGACGUUCAGGUCGGACAGCAUUUGUUUCACCGCUGUAUUGAUAAAGUGUUGAAGAAUAAGACCGUGGUGUUGGUAACUCACCAACUUCAGUAUUUAAAACACUGCGAUGAAAUAUAUGUUAUGGACGAUGGUCAAAUAAUUGAGUAUGGAACCCAUGAGAGCCUGUUUACCAAAAACGGACAUUACACAAAACUGAUGAAACAAUUUAAUUGCAACGAGGACAGCACCGAUAUUGACGAGAAAACACCAGAUGAAGGCAGAACAGAUCCGGAUAAAUCGUUUGAUACAACCAUGAAAGAGCAAAGGGCAGUUUAUAAUGAAUCGAAAAACUAUUACAACAGAUAUGAAAAAGGUAUUCUGACGGAUAGAGAAACAUCAAAAGCUGGCGAUAUCAGCGUGGACGCUUAUUUAAACUACAUUCGAGAAGCAGGAGGCAAGGCAGUGGCAGCCUUUGUGUUGUUGCUCUAUGUUCUUGUCAUAUCUGCGGUCGCAUUCAGUGAAUGGUGGCUUGGAAUUUGGAUUCAAAGAACAACAACCGACGUGCAAGGGAUAUUUCUUGUGGAAUGUAAUACAACAGAUGCCAAUUUCUCAUUGUCUGAAAGUGUCUCAACACCAACAACACCACCUUCGAACAUAUCACUCUAUUUCGAAAUAGAAGAGUCGAUGGAGGAUACGGACUGGUACUUGAUUGUUUAUAUUGCCACGACUGCAGGGAUAGCUGGACUAGCUGUAGUGAAAGGUGUGGUAUCGGCAGUGGUUAUGAUAAGAGCGUCUGUUAACCUACACAAUACGGUCGUAGGGAGAGUGAUGAGUGCACCAAUGCAGUACUUUGACGUCAAUCCAACAGGCAGAAUUCUUAAUCGUUUUUCGAGGGAUGUAGAAGAUGCUGACAUAUUCAUCCCAAAUUUGACGGAUAAUCUACUACAAGCCCUGUUCCUUAUAAUUGCCUCCCUUGUCUCUACUGCCUACAAUUUUCCUAGCUAUCUCAUUGUGGUUAUUCCUGUAGUAGUGUUUGUCUAUAUUGUCAAAACUAUAGCAACUGUGCCAAUCCGAAAUCUUAAAAGACUAGAAAAUGUCGUAAGGUCGCCACUUUUAAGCCAUGUUAACACAUCUUGCAACGGCUUGAGUACCAUUGUUUCAUUCGCACAGGAAAAUAAUUUUAUGGAAAGAUGUAAAGAGUAUUCGGACAACACCUCGGUGGGAUUAUUCCUGUUUGAAUCGUGUGUCAGAUGGAUGGGUCUAAGAAUUGAUCUUGGAGGCUCUAUUCUAGCAAUCGUUACCACUGUGAUUGUUCUGGCCACCAAAGGCACUCUCUCGCCAGCUUUAGCUGCUCUGUCACUGACCAUGUCUAUUAAUAGCCUAGAAGUAGAAAAGGAAACUGGAGAUUCUCGGAUAGAAGAAAAAUGGGCAACCAAAGGAAGAAUAAAAUUUUCAAAUGUAUUGAUGAAAUAUAGACGCGACAUGGAUCCGGUACUUAAAAACAUAAGUUUUGAUAUUUUACCCAAACAAAAGGUUGGCAUUGUCGGACGUACGGGGGCAGGGAAAUCCUCCUUGACUGCCGCAUUAUUUCGAUUGUCGGAUCUAUCGGAGGGUCACGUGUACAUUGAUGACAUUGACAUUAGAACUAUAUCUAAGAAACUCCUGCGCUCAAAGCUGUCAUCAAUUCCGCAAGACCCUGUGUUGUUCGCUGGUACAUUGAGGUAUAAUCUAGAUCCUUUUGGCAAGUAUACAGAUGAAAAGCUUUGGGCAGCACUAGAUCAAGCCCAUAUAAAGGAAAAGAUGAAACUUCUCGGCCAAACCCUUGACACACAGAUACAGGAAAACGGGGAAAACUUCUCUGUCGGGGAACGACAACUCAUAUGUUUGGCACGCGCAAUCUUGCGUCAGAACAAGAUUCUGGUUUUGGAUGAAGCCACAGCCUCUAUCGACACAUCCACAGACGCCAUGAUUCAGCAGACGAUCCGAGACAGCUUCUGCGAUUGCACCGUUCUCACGAUCGCCCACAGACUGAAUACUGUAUUGCAUUGUGACGUAAUUAUCGUCAUGGAGGCUGGGCAGGUGAUUGAAAUUGGCAAUCCACAGGCUUUGCUACGAAAAACGUCUUCACAUUUUAACAGUAUGAUUCAGGCUCAAAAGAUUCUAUCAGACAAUGCUUGA